CUGAUCUUUUUGAAAGGAACAUUUACGGAACGCAGAGACACAUGAAGAGCUUCAAUUGUGAUUUCGCGAACGAGGAUAGAACGGUUUCCAUGGCAAACAGCGGCCACGGGGUCGCCGUUAACGGUGUAGGCGCCCCUGGUUCGGGCACCUUGUCGAGGGAGGAAAGACGCAGACGAAGAAGGGCCACCCAAAAAUAUCGAACCGCACAUGCUACACGGGAAAGAGUCAGAGUGGAGGCGUUCAACUUGGCGUUUGCGGAACUCCGAAAGCUGCUGCCGACAUUGCCGCCGGACAAAAAGCUCUCAAAAAUUGAAAUUCUUCGGCUGGCAAUCUGCUAUAUCGCUUACCUGAAUCACGUACUCCAAGCUUGA